UUCCUGGCAUUCCGGGCUCUUCAGCCAGGUUGCUCCUCACCCUCUCACUGGCUUGGGAAAGAAGAAAAUAAACCUACCGCUGCUAACCAAGCUAGUUAUGGAAGCACAUCUUAAACAAAUAUAUUACGACCAGUGACUGGCCGGGCGGAGCUCUUUGUACAUGCAGAUUAUUUAUCUCUUGGAGAUAAAAAAGGCACUGGAGUACUUUGGCGUUUAGGACUGUACGUUUUUUUUUAAACCAAGUUGAAGACCCCAAGCCAGAAGAGGAUUUCUUUAGCAUUAGCAUAUGUGCGAGCUAGCUGUCUGGCUAAGCUAGCAUGGAGCGACUGCUGCGACUGGGCUAACAGCCUGCUGUCUGAACUCCAUGGGUUUUUAUUUCACUUCAUCUCGCGGGAGUUAAUCGUCGGCUGCUGGACAUUAUCACCUGCAAGUUUGGUUGAGGUAACAGCGUGGCAGACUUGUUUUUCUUUUUUUGUGCUUUUACGCCAUCACGUUAUUGAUUUGGAAAGCCACCGUGGAGCUAACAGGAUAUUAGCCACCUUUCGCCCCGCUUUUGUGGUGCUGUGGUCAUAUAGACUGGGAAGGAGUUGUUACUUGAGUGGUGGGCAGGCUGUCUUAAUGGCAGCUAAUUAUUUCAUGGGAAAGGGGGAUUGGAAGCAAUUAAUCACACAGAGGAGAUUUUAAGAAGGAACAAUUCGGACCCAGGUUGGUCGUUUUUUGGAGGGGGAGAAAUGCAGACGAGCGCAGGUUUUUUUUUCGAAGUUGGAGUAGGAAGAGAGACAAAGUAAACAGCAGGAUUACGAUUCCACUGCUGCUUAAAGUCACCCAGAGAACAUCCGACAGAGUCAGCGAGGUGAAAGAUCAUGUCUGCUGCUAAAGAAAAUUCCUGUAGGAAAUUCCAGGCCAACUUUUUCAACAAAAGCAAAUGUCAGAACUGCUUCAAACCCAGAGAGUUGCAUCUGCUGACGGACCAGGAUUUAACACAGGCUAAGCCCAUUUAUGGUGGUUGGUUGUGCUUGGCCCCUGAGGGAACUGAUUUUGACAAUCCAAUGCAACGAUCACGGAAAUGGCAACGGCGAUUCUUUGUGUUGUACGAACAUGGCUGUCUGCGCUUUGCCCUGGAUGAAUCACCAAGCACACUGCCCCAGGGAACAGUGAAUAUGAACCUGUGUACGGACGUCAUAGACGCUGAACCCAAGACGGGCCAAAAAAACUCCUUAUGCAUCAUCACCCCAGAACAGGAAUACUUCAUCAGAGGAGAGAAUAAAGAGAUCAUCAACGGCUGGACUGAACAGUUGGUUGUUUAUCCCCGCACCAAUAAACAGAACCAGAAAAAGAAACGCAAGGUGGAGCCUACAACCUCCCAGGAGCCAGGCCCAGCUAAAGUAGCCGUGACUGGUUCGGGCAUUCCUGAGGCAGAGAAGGUUCCAGACUCCAGUUCCAUCAUCUGGCAGGAAGAGCUGAACCAAAGAGAAGCGGAAGGAGCUACAGUCUGGGCCCCUGUUGAGCUGCCCCCGGGAUCGCCGCCACUCCCCACAGGUGAAUCUAUAACUGUCGGACAAGGGUCUGAUGCAGGCUCGGUGAAUGGCGACGAGGUCGACCAGGGUGGAGUGGUGCUGCAUGGGUCGGUGCCACAGCCGCCGCCCAGUGACCUCCUUUCCCCAACGGGCUCCUGCUCCAGCCUGGGGGGCGUACCCCGCUGCCUCUCUCCAGCUCCCAGUGACCCCUUCCCCUCUGGCAGCUCGCUGCUCUCAAAUGGUUCUCACAUCAGUGGUUCCGUAAGCUCUCUGGACUCGGAUGCCAGCGGCAGUACAGUCACCAGCACUGAAAGCCACCCGGCCAAUCAGAGGGGGAGCCAUUCAUUCAGCCACCACGAUACGCCUCGAUCCCGAAGACUGGAGGCAGAGGAACGAAAAGCAGAGAAGAGGAGCCGUUUUAGGAGCCCAGACAGGCACGAGAGGGAACCUGUCCUCAGCCCCGAUAGGAGUCGCUCGGGUGUUAUUGAGAAGUUGGAAGCCCUGGAGCUUGAGAAUCAGGAGAAAAUGGAGGUGGAAGAGACGAGCAGGAGUGGAGGCAGACAAGGCCGCAGUGAGCACAGACGUUUCCACAGAGAGGAGCAGAGGCCCGACAUGGGUCAAGGUCUGGAUUUCCCCUCCUCCUUACCGCCUCUUAGGAGAGCUAAGUCCCUUGACCGAAGGACCACGGAUUCAGUCAUGACACCUGAUUUACUGAACUUCAAGAAAGGCUGGAUGGUGAAGCUGGAUGAGGAAGGACAGUGGAAGAAAUACUGGUUUGUUUUGACGGAUCAUAGCCUGCGGUACUACAAGGAUUCCAUAGCAGAAGAGGCCUCUGACCUGGAUGGUGAGAUCGAUCUGUCAACCUGUUACAAUGUAACGGAAUACCAAGCUCAACGGAAUUACGGCUUCCAAAUCCAAACUCAGGAAGGAGUUCACACUCUUUCAGCCAUGACAGCGGGUAUACGGAGGAAUUGGAUCCAGGCAGUCAUGAAAAAUGUCAGACCAUCUACUGCUCCUGAUGUAGCAAGCUCAACUGAAGACCAGGGUUCUUUCACUCCACUGGAGGGUCUGAUCAGACCGGAUGUGACCCACGACUCACCAUCCUCUGAAACGUCGUCUGUGGAGAGAGAAGCCACUCAGGGUGUCGUGAAGAGCCGAGCACGUGAACGUCGACGCGAAGGUCGAUCGAAGACCUUCGACUGGGCAGAGUUCAGACCCAUUGCCCAAGCCCUGGCCCAGCAACGGGCGCAAGAGGCAGAGAGCCUCCAGACAGACUUAGGAGAGCUUGAGCGCAGUCGGAGGCGGGAGGAGAGGCGGAAGCGGUACGAAUCUGUGACAAACUCGUCGAUGGAGCACUCGCCGCUCAAAGAUUGUGCCAGGCCGGAUUUUGAGAGUGUCGAUAGACUUGGACAGCCGCGGCCUGAUUCAUCGGGUUCUCAAUUUGUGGAGCGACAGCAGAGAGUGGAGGAGGCGAUUGAGCAGCAUUGGCGACAGGUAGAGAAGACGCCCAUACGAGAGGAGCGGAGGGUGCCCCUGUCUUCAACAAGUCCACCCAUCGAGACUGCAGAGCUCAAACAGCUGUUGGAGAAUUACAAGCAAGGGAUAGAGGACCUUAAAACACAAUUGGAAGCCUGUCACCAGCAGCUGCUUGAGUCCAACAAUCACAAGCAGGAGCUGGAAGUGCAGCUGAGAACGGCUCUGGAGAGAGAGCAGGACAUACGGUCAGGCUACAUAUCUCCGCUGGAACACCAUUUGGGUCUGGAGGCUGAUGUGACGCCCCAGAUGAAGAGGCCAGAACUGGCUACAUGCGAGAGGGGCUUUGCUGCCAUGGAAGAGUCUCAUCAGAAGGUGAUUGAUGAGCUUCAGAGGAAACACCAGAGAGAGCUGGAGAACCUGCAUGAGGAAAAAGAGAGGCUGCUGGCAGAGGAGACUGCAGCCACCAUUGCUGCAAUUGAAGCAAUGAAAAACGCCCACCGGACCGAGCUGGAGAAGGAGCUGGACAAGGCUCGUAAGGCCAACAGCAAUGCAGAGAAUGCAGACAUGGAGGAGAUCCGCAGACAGCAUGAGGAGGAACUGUGUUCGUUCCAGCGGGAAAUCGAGGUGUUGUCUGAGCAGUAUUCCCAGAAGUGCCUGGAAAACGCCCACCUGGCUCAGGCGCUGGAGGCCGAGAGGCAGGCCCUCAGGCAGUGUCAGAGAGAGAACCAGGAGCUCAAUGCUCACAACCAGGAACUUAACAAUCGCCUGGCAGCAGAAAUCACCAAGAUGCGUUCAAUGGCAUCUGAGGAUGGAAUGGGAGACACAAACACUACAAUACAAGGAAAGGAGCUCUAUGAAUUGGAGGUUAUGCUAAGGGUGAAGGAGUCUGAGGUUCAAUACUUAAAGCAGGAAAUCAACUCACUGAAAGAAGAACUCCAAGCUGCGCAAAGAGACAAAAAAUAUGCAACAGAUAAGUACAAGGACAUCUACACAGAGAUGAGUAUCGUCAAGGCCAAAGCGGAGCGGGACCUGGGCCGUCUCAGAGACCAACUGCAGCUGGCUCACGAGGCACUGGGCGAACCCACUCUGGAGGACGUGGAUCGGGGAGGAUAUGAUAUCAUGAAGUCCAAAAGCAACCCUGACAUCCUUAAGAUGGCAGCUGCUGCGGCCAAACGCUCAGAACGCACCAUGAGGUCAAAGUCUGUGAGUCGUGACAUGCCCUGGGACAGUUAGGGUUGCCGUGGAAUUGUAGGCUUCCCUCCCCUCUGCUUUUUAGAGUCUCAAGGAAGGACUGACACCUGAGCAAAGACUCCACCUCUUUGAAAAUAAAGACACUAAGGAGUUCUGAAUGCCUUCCUAAAAAAAAAAAAAAAAAACCUGCCUGCAUGUUUAGAAGAGGCCACUAUUUUAGCUCUAAUGACUUAUUUAGCAACACUACACACUGGUCACAAAAGAAAACAUUUAUCAUUAAAGGAAACAUGAUAUGAAGUUCCAAUUUCAUGUUUAGAAUUUGCAUUCCAUGCACUUCAGUUAACUGUGACAAUUUUUUUCGUAUUUUUAUGUUUUUGUUGUCUUACUGUAAAUAUGUCGGGCUUUGUUUUAAAGAUUGAGAAUCUGUCACGCGUACACUAAAACUAUGACUGUGUAAGCUACUGUUUUAACUCAAGACUGUUGCAAGCCAAGGAUGUGAUGUCUUAACGACAAACUACAUUUACUGCCGAUAACAAGAGUGUGGGCGUUCAGGUCUGCAUGUGAAACAAUCCAUUGAUACCAUUCCAGUACACUUGGAAGUUGGAAGAAAUGUGCACAAUCGCAUGAUUUCAAUACACUCAUAUUUGUUCCAUCGCCAGACUUGGUAACAUCAUAGAUAUUCUCUUCCAUCCUUGGAUUGAUGCCCGUGGAGAGACGGCAGCUGAAUGCACACGGAUGAGGUUCUCUUGACUAUAAUUUGAAUAUAAAAAAAUGUUCUAGGUUUUUGUUACUGCAGUCAUUGUUCCAGCUGUAUAGGGAUUGGUUGUGUUUGUAGUCUGUAUUUAUUUAAAACGGUUGGGAUUUUUUUUUUCUUUCACAUUCCCAUUCCUCUGUACUCUAAUAUUGUAAAUAUAAACCAAAUACACAUAUUCACCAACUGAUUACAGGUUUAUUAGCAAUAAAUAUUUUUGCACCCUU